CUCUAGUCGCAAUGAGCCAUAACACAGGUAUACGUCCAUUACCAGCAGGUCUGCAACAAAUUGCUAUUGAAGAGUUGAACGAGGUGCCCGCUCGUGUGCCUGACGACAUAAUAGCUCUGCGGAAAUGGAUACAAACACAACCACAUCUGUGUUCGUGCCUGACAGAUCAGUUUCUGCUUAGCUUUCUACGUGGCUGCAAAUUCAGUUUGGAGAAGGCGAAGCACAAGAUCGAUCGCUACUACACUUUGCAGGCGGCUAUACCAGAAGUCUUCAACGAGCACCGCAUUGUAGACGAUGCUCAAACGAUGGAGAUUCUACGCUUGGGCGUGCUGCUGUACAUUCCCUUGGCUGAGGGUGACUCCAAUCCAGCAGUAACCAUAAUACGCGUUGGUGCCUAUGAUACCAGCAAAUUUAAGUUCCAGGAUAUUAUACGCCUUGGCUCAAUGUUUGGUGAGAUUAUGAUGCUGGAGGAUGAUAAUGCCAAUGUAAGCGGCUAUGUUGAAAUAAUGGACAUGACGGGCGUAAGUGCUGCCAAUUUGUUUGCGCUGCAGCCACAGCUACUAAGUAAAUUCUCGCUUUAUGCGGAUGAGGCUGUGCCCACACGCCAGAAAGGCAUUCAUUUCAUCAAUGUGCCCACGUCCUUUGAGAGUGGUUUCAACUCUUUGCGCACCUUCUUUCCGGACAAGAUCAAACAGCGCGUGUCUGUCAGCUCUGAUCCGGAGGCAAUCUUCAAGCAUGUACGCGCCGAGUAUUUGCCGACGGAAUACGGUGGCAGCAAGGGCUCUAUACAGGAUGUAAUUAAACUAAUGGAAACCAAAAUGCUUAGCUAUCGCGAUUACUUUGAGCAGUCGCGUCACUUUGGCACCAACGAAAAGUUACGAGAGGUGGAUAAAGAAACCAAUUACCAGAACAUUGCAGACUUUGGAUUAGACGCUGCUAUCUUAUCAGCUUUAAUGGUUUAUAUUAACCAUUGAUCGGCCUCGAACAAGGCCCUUUCAUUUGUUUAUCGACAGUCAUAGCUGCU